AUGGGAUGGGCGAUGGUGCUACAGAAAGCCGCCGGCGUUAGCUACAUAGCAGAUGCGUUUUCUCGUCAAACAGAUAACGGGAUUCAUAUCCCUGGUGCAGCACCAGAAACAGAGAACGAAGAAAUUGGCUUAAAGCUGGCUGAGCUGGUGGGCAGGCUUGGGGAUCUGGUCAACGCAUACCGUCGAUACAUCGAUGAUGGUGUAGUUGAUAAAGGGGAGUGGGACAGUCUGAAUGAAAUCGCCUACCAGUUCCGGGUAACGCUUAUGACGUUCUUGAACCUGAUUUCACGAGUUUAUUGUCUUCCUGAAAAGAGUGACGCCCGCGAGUGUGCAGCUCCGGGCGCCUUGGCGAACAACUCUUCGAGUAUGGAGAAAUAA